AUGAACACCAUGACUGUCGUCGUUUUCGCGGUUUGCGCGCUUCUUCUGAUCUCCUCGAUUGAUUGUAAGAAGGUUGGAAAAGGACAGAAAAAAUCUGCCAAAGAGCAAAAAAUGAAGAAGGUUAAAGAGCAAGUUGAAGUGGUUGAAGUUGCCGCUCCAAAAAGUGCGGUAGUUGUCGAAGAGACUGUCGCCGAGCCGGAAGAGGAGAUCGUCGAAGCUCCAGUGAGCCCACGAAAGGCGAAAGUCACUCCGCCGAAGACGUUGAAGGUCAUCAACGCCUAUGAGCAAUGCAAGGCGGAAUGCCGACGACAACGCGACACGGUUCAAGCAAAAGAUUAUGUCGAGCAGCUUCGUAAUGAGCUCGCCGCCGCCGAGGCCGCGCUCGCCGCUGAAACUCAACAACAAGAGGAGCAGGCGCCGGCUCAAGUGAACCCGCCAACCAGCAACUCGUCGAAUUAA